AAUGUUCAUAUUUGUCAAUUUUACUCAAGGUCAAGUAAAUAUGAAAUGAAGCUGUUUCUUGAGGAAAUAUUUUAAUAUUAUUUUGUUAGAAUUAUUAAAGAAUUAUGACUAUCAUGAGCUUAUUUAUUAAACUUUUGUAAUCAUUGUUCUAAAUAAUUAUGGCAAAACAUGAAAAAAGUCAAAAAACAGGAUUUGUUAUUAAGCUUACCUCCGAAACAGUACAGAAAUUGUCCGAAGAAGAACAAAAGGCAAAAUUCGAGUCUGCAUCCACGAAUACCAGCAAGUCCAGUGAGUCGGAAUCCACAAAAACGAAAAAUAAAGAUGAACUUAUGGUCGAUAACUCGCUGUCAACAAAAGAGGUUAUAAAAGAUAAUGAUGAUAAAAAUAACCAAAAAGAAUACAGUAAUAACACAAGCAAGUCACCAAGCAAAGUGCCUGACCAGGAAACUAAAGAAGCCAGUAAAGACAAUGAGUCUUGGGGUGACUAUGCUCCAUAUGUAACAUAUGAAGGCGAAGAAGCCAUUUAUACAGAUCCUUCUACACAAAAUAAAUACACCUGGAACAAAACAACAAACUCUUGGGACCCGCAGUCAGGGAGCGAAGUUCCAGGUCGGGUCUAUAGUUACGAAAAUGAUUUACAUGUUUACACUGAUCCAGAUGGAUCAAAGUCUUUCUGGGAUGAAGACAAGAAAGCCUGGUUACCAAAAGUAGAUGAUGACUUCUUAGCAUUUUAUCAAAUGUCAUAUGGUUUCAUUGAUAAUACUAAAAAGGAGGAUGCUGUAGAUAAAAAGAAACCUGAAAAGAAACAAGAUGCAGCUGCAACUGCACAAAAGAGGAAAAAUGAACCACAGUGGUUUGAACCAUCUGAAGACAAGAACACAAAAGUUUAUGUAUCAAAUUUACCUCUAGACAUGACUGAAGAAGAAUUUGUUGACCACAUGCAGAAGUGUGGGCUCGUUGAACGAGACCCGAGCACACAGAAAAUGAAAGUCAAACUCUAUAUGGAUAAAGAACAUAAUUGCUUCAAAGGGGAUGCUCUAUGUACAUAUAUUAAAGUUGAAUCAGUUGAUUUAGCACUAAAAUUACUUGAUGGCAGUGAUUUUAAAGGAAACAAGAUUAAAGUGGAAAAAGCACAUUUUCAAUUGAAAGGUGAGUAUAAUCCAGCUUUAAAACCGAAAAAGAAGAAAAAGAAAGAACUCGAAAAGAUAAAGAAAAUGCAGCAAAAGCUGUUUGAUUGGCGACCAGAAAAGUUUAUUGGUGAGAGAUCAAAACAUGAGAGGGUUGUUAUUGUUAAGAACUUGUUCCAUCCAACAGAUUUUGAUAAGGAAGUUCAAUUGAUAUUGGAUUAUCAACAAGAUCUCAGGGAGGAGUGUGGGAAAUGCGGUGAUGUCAGGAAAGUAGUGAUCUUUGAUCGGCAUCCUGAAGGUGUGGCACAGAUCACCAUGAAAGAACCAGAGCAAGCAGAUGCUGUUAUCCAAUUGAUCAAUGGAAGAUGGUUUGGCAAGAGGCAGAUAACUGCUGAAAUAUGGGAUGGUAGAACAAAAUACAGGAUUGCUGAAACUGAUGCAGAUAUCAGUAAGAGAAUAGAUAAGUGGGAUAAAUUCCUGGAAGAUCAUGAGGGUAAGGAGAAGAAAGAAAACUCUGAGGAAACAAAAGUUGAAGAUGUGGAAAUGAAAGAAAAGAGUAAUACAAGUCCUGAACAGGAAACAAAAGUACAAGAAAGUAUUGUAAAGUAAUCUUGUGUUAUGUUAAGAAUAAAAGUUUUAAGCACUAAA